AUGCUUGCUUCAACAUACCCGAACGUCCCUGAGGGGCGGCCUGUGACUGAUGGUCGCGACUCUGUCCCUACCAAGUCACCACACUCGAACCCCCCUGCGGGGUGGCCUCUGACUGGUCCUAUUGACUCUAUCCCUACCAAGUCUCGUCUUCCUGUUCCCACCAAGACCCCAUUCACCCACAAGAGACCAGACCACAAGGCUAACAGGCCACCGCUAAAAGAAGAGGCAACCGAAAAGGGAGACAAGAAGUUGGGGCCUGGCCAUAGUGCCCCCCCAGCUAAUGUCGAGUCCCCUUCACCCACCGACGCUGUGAGCCCAAGUCGUCUCGCUAUAGUUGGCGUCGCCCACAUCACCUGCACUUCUACCCGUCCCUCUUCUUUUCCUGGUAGAGUUGGUGUUCAGACCAGCCAGUCUGAGGAAGAGGCGCCUGCCCGCUGCGAUGGCCUCCAUGUCUUUCUCAUCAUAAUGCUUCUGGGAGCCUUCUUUGGCGGGUGCAUCCUUCUCAUGCAGGUGACAGGGAGCUUUUUAAGGUGUAUUGGUCGAAGAUAUGGGUGGAAAUGGGUCAAGAAAUCUGACAGUGUAGAUCUUGAGAAUGCGAUCUAUCAGUUGAAGGAUUAUCCAGGCGCAUUCGAAGAGCACCAUCUCGUCUUGCUCCGGGAGGUCUUGGAAAACUACGGGGAUUCCUCGUAUGUUCGAGCAGACGAAAAGGACGCUGAAGAGGCCGUCGGGAUUUAA